UCGCCCACGCGGCCGCUCUCUCACUUCUGAUAUUGCCCCUGAUACUAUAAACCCACGCUCUGGCCUCUGCUUCCUCCACAAACUCGUUGCUUUCAUCUGCAGGCUUUUGAAAUCUCUCACAUUGCUUUACUAUUAAAUUUUUUGGUUUUCUGAUCUAGAGAACGCUAGGUCGUUCAACCAGUCACCAUGGCCGCCGCUACCGCCAUGCACUCCACCACCUUGGCUGGACAGAGCCUGUUCAGGUUCAAUGAGCUCUCCAGCAAGGUGGGUUCCAGCCAGGCCCGCGUCUCCAUGAGGAAGACUGUGAGCAAGUCCUCUGGCAGCGACAGCAUCUGGUAUGGCGCUGACCGACCUAAGUGGUUGGGCCCAUUCUCUGGUGAGACCCCAUCAUACCUCAACGGUGAGUUCGCUGGUGACUACGGCUGGGACACCGCCGGACUCUCCUCCGACCCCGAGACCUUCGCCAGGAACAGGGAGCUAGAGGUCAUCCACGCCCGGUGGGCUAUGCUUGGAGCUUUGGGAUGCCUCACCCCUGAGCUUUUGGCCAAGAGCGGUGUGAAGUUUGGCGAAGCCGUGUGGUUCAAGGCCGGUGCUCAGAUCUUCAGCGAGGGAGGUUUGGACUACUUGGGCAACCCCAGCUUGGUGCACGCUCAGAGCAUUCUAGCUAUCUGGGCAAGCCAGGUUAUCCUUAUGGGAGCCGUCGAGGGAUACCGUGUUGCCGGUGGACCCUUGGGUGAUGUGACUGACCCCAUCUACCCCGGAGGCUCGUUCGACCCCUUGGGUUUGGCUGACGACCCCGACACCUUCGCUGAGUUGAAGGUGAAGGAAAUCAAGAACGGACGUCUGGCUAUGUUCUCCAUGUUCGGAUUCUUCGUCCAAGCCAUUGUUACUGGAAAGGGACCCCUUGAGAACUUGAAUGACCACCUUGCGGACCCCGUUGCUAACAACGCUUGGGCCUAUGCUACCAACUUCACCCCCGGAAACUAGAGUGAAUCUGACGAAACGACUGGCAGCGGCUUCUAUGUUGACGCUGUUGCAGAGGGACUAGUGAAGGGUCGGUGCUCGACACACUCCUCUAUCAUAGCUGCAAGUGAGGAGAAUGUAGACACCUAGGAAUCUGCUUGUCAGUUACUCUUUGCCCUUAUGUCUUCUGUGGGAUGCACGAUUACCCAAUUGAUGUGCGUGUCCGCAGUGUAAAUAUAUAUGAACAAAAACUUUUGAUAUUUCUGCUUUGCAA